AUGCAGUGUAGCGUGCAGGAGAACGGGUUCAAGGUGAGUGGGGUGUGGUACAGAGUGGUACGAUGCGGGUGUAGCAUGCAGGAGAAUGGGUGCAAGGUGAGUGGGGUGUGGUACAGGUUGUGCAUUGCGCUGUGGGAUGCAGGAGAACAGGUGCAAAGCAUGCAGGAGAAUGGGUGCGAGGCGAGUGUGGCGUGGGACGAGACGCAAUGUGGUGGUUUCAAGGAAGCAGUGUAUGCCAACCUGGACUGGUUUGAGGGCACGGGGCUCAUUCUCAGCAGCGAUGGCGCGUGGAUCAGCGACCAGCACCCGUGUCUGAUAUACGGCAUGCGGGGGCUGAUCUGUCUGACGGUGGCGGUGAGCGGGCCGCUCAAGGAUUUGCACUCGGGCACACACGGGGGCAGCUUCAACGAGCCUCUCAACGACCUUGUCACUGUGCUCUCCAACCUCGUCGACUCCAAUAACAUGAUUCUUAUUCCAGGGUUCUACGACGAUGUGAAGCCAUUGGACGAGGAGGAGGAGGCGUUGUACCAGGGGCUGCACUUCCGAGUGGAUGAGUACAAGGUGGGUGGACGAGUACAAGGUGGGUGGACGAGUACAAGGUGGGUGGACGAGUACAAGGUGGGUGGACGAGUACAAGGUGGGUGGACGAGUACAAGGUGGGUGGACGAGUACAAGGUGGGUGGGCGAGUACAAGGUGGGUGGACGAGUACAAGGUGGGUGGACGAGUACAAGGUGGGUGGACGAGUACAAGGUGGGUGGGCGAGUACAAGGUGGGUGGACGAGUACAAGGUGGGUGGACGAGUACAAGGUGGGUGGACGAGUACAAGGUGGGUGGACGAGUACAAGGUGGGGUGGACGAGUACAAGGUGGGUGGACGAGUACAAGGUGGGUGCACGAGUACAAGGUGGGUGCACGAGUACAAGGUGGGUGGACGAGUACAAGGUGGGUGGACGAGUACAAGGUGGGUGGGCGAGUACAAGGUGGGUGGACGAGUACAAGGUGGGUGGGACGAGUACAAGGUGGGUGGACGAGUACAAGGUGGGUGGACGAGUACAAGGUGGGUGGACGAGUACAAGGUGGGUGGACGAGUACAAGGUGGGUGGACGAGUACAAGGUGGGUGGACGAGUACAAGGUGGGGUGGACGAGUACAAGGUGGGUGGACGAGUACAAGGUGGGUGGACGAGUACAAGGUGGGUGGACGAGUACAAGGUGGGUGGACGAGUACAAGGUGGGUGGACGAGUACAAGGUGGGUGGACGAGUACAAGGUGGGUGGACGAGUACAAGGUGGGUGGACGAGUACAAGGUGGGUGGACGAGUACAAGGUGGGUGGACGAGUACAAGGUGGGUGGGCGAGUACAAGGUGGGUGGACGAGUACAAGGUGGGUGGACGAGUACAAGGUGGGUGGACGAGUACAAGGUGGGUGGGACGAGUACAAGGUGGGUGGACGAGUACAAGGUGGGUGGACGAGUACAAGGUGGGUGGACGAGUACAAGGUGGGUGGACGAGUACAAGGUGGGUGGACGAGUACAAGGUGGGUGGACGAGUACAAGGUGGGUGCACGAGUACAAGGUGGGUGCACGAGUACAAGGUGGGUGGACGAGUACAAGGUGGGUGGACGAGUACAAGGUGGGUGGACGAGUACAAGGUGGGUGGACGAGUACAAGGUGGGUGGACGAGUACAAGGUGGGUGGGCGAGUACAAGGUGGGUGGACGAGUACAAGGUGGGUGGACGAGUACAAGGUGGGUGGACGAGUACAAGGUGGGUGGACGAGUACAAGGUGGGUGGACGAGUACAAGGUGGGUGGGCGAGUACAAGGUGGGUGGGCGAGUACAAGGUGGGUGGACGAGUACAAGGUGGGUGGACGAGUACAAGGUGGGUGGACGAGUACAAGGUGGGUGGAUGAGUACAAGGUGGGUGGACGAGUACAAGGUGGGUGGACGAGUACAAGGUGGGUGGACGAGUACAAGGUGGGUGGACGAGUACAAGGUGGGUGGACGAGUACAAGGUGGGUGGACGAGUACAAGGUGGGUGGGCGAGUACAAGGUGGGUGGACGAGUACAAGGUGGGUGCACGAGUACAAGGUGGGUGCACGAGUACAAGGUGGGUGGACGAGUACAAGGUGGGUGGACGAGUACAAGGUGGGUGGACGAGUACAAGGUGGGUGGACGAGUACAAGGUGGGUGGACGAGUACAAGGUGGGUGGGCGAGUACAAGGUGGGUGGACGAGUACAAGGUGGGUGGACGAGUACAAGGUGGGUGGGCGAGUACAAGGUGGGUGGACGAGUACAAGGUGGGUGGGCGAGUACAAGGUGGGUGGGCGAGUACAAGGUGGGUGGACGAGUACAAGGUGGGUGGACGAGUACAAGGUGGGUGGACGAGUACAAGGUGGGUGGAUGAGUACAAGGUGGGUGGACGAGUACAAGGUGGGUGGACGAGUACAAGGUGGGUGGACGAGUACAAGGUGGGUGGACGAGUACAAGGUGGGUGGACGAGUACAAGGUGGGUGGACGAGUACAAGGUGGGUGGACGAGUACAAGGUGGGUGGACGAGUACAAGGUGGGUGGACGAGUACAAGGUGGGUGCACGAGUACAAGGUGGGUGGACGAGUACAAGGUGGGUGGACGAGUACAAGGUGGGUGGACGAGUACAAGGUGGGGUGGACGAGUACAAGGUGGGUGGACGAGUACAAGGUGGGUGGGCGAGUACAAGGUGGGUGGACGAGUACAAGGUGGGUGGACGAGUACAAGGUGGGUGGACGAGUACAAGGUGGGUGGACGAGUACAAGGUGGGUGGACGAGUACAAGGUGGGUGGACGAGUACAAGGUGGGUGGACGAGUACAAGGUGGGUGCACGAGUACAAGGUGGGUGCACGAGUACAAGGUGGGUGGACGAGUACAAGGUGGGUGGACGAGUACAAGGUGGGUGGACGAGUACAAGGUGGGUGGACGAGUACAAGGUGGGUGCACGAGUACAAGGUGGGUGGACGAGUACAAGGUGGGUGCACGAGUACAAGGUGGGUGCACGAGUACAAGGUGGGUGGACGAGUACAAGGUGGGUGGACGAGUACAAGGUGGGUGGACGAGUACAAGGUGGGUGGACGAGUACAAGGUGGGUGGACGAGUACAAGGUGGGUGGGCGAGUACAAGGUGGGUGGACGAGUACAAGGUGGGUGGACGAGUACAAGGUGGGUGGACGAGUACAAGGUGGGUGGACGAGUACAAGGUGGGUGGACGAGUACAAGGUGGGUGGACGAGUACAAGGUGGGUGCACGAGUACAAGGUGGGUGCACGAGUACAAGGUGGGUGGACGAGUACAAGGUGGGUGGACGAGUACAAGGUGGGUGGACGAGUACAAGGUGGGUGGACGAGUACAAGGUGGGUGCACGAGUACAAGGUGGGUGGACGAGUACAAGGUGGGUGGGCGAGUACAAGGUGGGUGGACGAGUACAAGGUGGGUGGACGAGUACAAGGUGGGUGGACGAGUACAAGGUGGGUGGACGAGUACAAGGUGGGUGGGCGAGUACAAGGUGGGUGGGCGAGUACAAGGUGGGUGGGCGAGUACAAGGUGGGUGGACGAGUACAAGGUGGGUGGACGAGUACAAGGUGGGUGGACGAGUACAAGGUGGGUGGACGAGUACAAGGUGGGUGGACGAGUACAAGGUGGGUGGACGAGUACAAGGUGGGUGGACGAGUACAAGGUGGGUGGACGAGUACAAGGUGGGUGGACGAGUACAAGGUGGGUGCACGAGUACAAGGUGGGUGCACGAGUACAAGGUGGGUGCACGAGUACAAGGUGGGUGGGACGAGUACAAGGUGGGUGGGCGAGUACAAGGUGGGUGGACGAGUACAAGGUGGGUGGACGAGUACAAGGUGGGUGGACGAGUACAAGGUGGGUGGACGAGUACAAGGUGGGUGGACGAGUACAAGGUGGGUGGACGAGUACAAGGUGGGUGCACGAGUACAAGGUGGGUGCACGAGUACAAGGUGGGUGGACGAGUACAAGGUGGGUGGACGAGUACAAGGUGGGUGGACGAGUACAAGGUGGGUGGACGAGUACAAGGUGGGUGGACGAGUACAAGGUGGGUGGGCGAGUACAAGGUGGGUGGACGAGUACAAGGUGGGUGGACGAGUACAAGGUGGGUGGACGAGUACAAGGUGGGUGGACGAGUACAAGGUGGGUGGACGAGUACAAGGUGGGUGGACGAGUACAAGGUGGGUGCACGAGUACAAGGUGGGUGCACGAGUACAAGGUGGGUGGACGAGUACAAGGUGGGUGGACGAGUACAAGGUGGGUGGACGAGUACAAGGUGGGUGGACGAGUACAAGGUGGGUGCACGAGUACAAGGUGGGUGGACGAGUACAAGGUGGGUGGGCGAGUACAAGGUGGGUGGACGAGUACAAGGUGGGUGGACGAGUACAAGGUGGGUGGACGAGUACAAGGUGGGUGGACGAGUACAAGGUGGGUGGACGAGUACAAGGUGGGUGGGCGAGUACAAGGUGGGUGGGCGAGUACAAGGUGGGUGGACGAGUACAAGGUGGGUGGACGAGUACAAGGUGGGUGGACGAGUACAAGGUGGGUGGACGAGUACAAGGUGGGUGGACGAGUACAAGGUGGGUGGACGAGUACAAGGUGGGUGGACGAGUACAAGGUGGGUGGACGAGUACAAGGUGGGUGGACGAGUACAAGGUGGGUGGGCGAGUACAAGGUGGGUGGACGAGUACAAGGUGGGUGGACGAGUACAAGGUGGGUGGACGAGUACAAGGUGGGUGGACGAGUACAAGGUGGGUGGACGAGUACAAGGUGGGUGGACGAGUACAAGGUGGGUGGACGAGUACAAGGUGGGUGGACGAGUACAAGGUGGGUGGACGAGUACAAGGUGGGUGGACGAGUACAAGGUGGGUGGACGAGUACAAGGCGCGCAACGGGCUGGCGGCAGUGACGGGGGGCACGGCGAGGGAGGUGCUGCAGAGCUGCUGAGAAUCCAUUUACCCCCCAACCACGAACUUCUCUGCUAUGCCCCCCUCCUCCUCUCAUGUCAGGCGCGCAACGGGCUGGCGGCCGUGACGGGGGGCAUGGCGAGGGAGGUGCUGCAGAGCUGCCUGGUGAUUGUGCGGCAUCCCUUUACCCCCUGCUCACUUGAGUUCUCUGCUCUGCCCCUCUGCUCCUCUGCCCCCCUCCCCCCACCCCCCACUCCAGGCGCGCAACGGGCUGGCGGCAGUGACAGGGGGCACGGCGAGGGAGGUGCUGCAGAGCUGCUGGCGCAGCCCGUCGCUGAGCGUGCUGGGCACCUCGUUACCUGGCCUCCUCCCCUUCUGGUCCUCCAACCCCAAGGCUGCCUUCGUCAGGGUAGGCCCCUCAUUCCCUUUUGCUCGCCCUUCUGGUCCUCCAACCCCAAGGCUGCCUUCGUCAGGGUGGUGAUCCGGCACGUGCCGAACCAGAACCCUGACCGCCUGGUGCAUCGGUUCCGGGCGCACGUGGCGCAUGAGUUUGCCAAACUGCGGUCUGCGGGGAACUCCGUGACAGUCACGGUGGAGCACGUGGGCGACUGGUGGUUGGCAGACCCCUCCUGCUCCUUCUACCAGCUCGCAGAGAAGUGCAUUCAGAGGCACUGGGACAUGCCACCCAUGUACAUCAGGGAGGGUGGCACGAUGCCGGUGGUGCCAUUUCUGGAAUCAGCCUUGGGAGCGCCGGCCAUCAAGAUUCCCAUCAGCCAGGCCACCGACGGCAGCGCGCUCCAGAAUGAACGGCUGGGAUGGAGCCACCUCAUCAAGGGCAAGGAUGUGAUCCGGGACUUUAUCAAGGCUCUGGGGGACGGCAGCCGCAGCUGCUGA